AUGCUUAGCACUUCAAUCUUGUUCACGCUUCCCACACAAACUUAUUACCCUAACAUUUUCCAUUCACAUUUCCCAAACUCAACUUCCACUCACCAACAUCAUCUAUAUCCGAAGCAGAAGCUAAAACCUAAAAAAAAUAGAUUAAUCGUGUUAAGCGAUUCCAGUUACGAAGUUGGCGGUGGAUUCCCACUCGAUGAACUCAAUAACCGAAACGGAAACGAAAAUUCGGAAGAUACAGAUACUUCUGCUCAACGAGAAGCACUUCUUAAAGGAGGAGAUCAAGUUAUCUCCGUUCUUCAGGAAAUGAUUACUCUCUUGGAAGAUAUGGAUAUGGACGAAGAUUCUGAAAAAGUAGCAGUGGAGAUAGCUGCACAAGGAGUUAUUGGUAAGAGAGUUGAUCAGAUGGAAUCGGAUUUCAUGAUGGCUCUUGAUUACAUGAUCCAGCUUGCGGAGCAGGAUCAUGAUGAUAAGCGCAAAUCACUGUUGGAAGUUAUCAAAGAGACAGUAUUAUCACAUCUAAAUAAAAAAUGCCCACCCCAGGUUCAAGUAGUUGGUCUUCUAUGUAGAACUCCUAAAAAGGAAAGCAGAUAUGAAUUGUUACGCCGAGUAGCAGCUGGUGGCGGUGCAUUUAAAGGCGAGAAUGACUUGAAGAUUCAUAUCCCAGGGGCAAAUCUAAAUGACAUUGCUAACCAAGCUGAUGAUUUAUUGGAGACAAUGGAAACUCGUCCUGUUGUGCCUGAUCGAAAACUGCUUGCAAGGCUUGUUUUGAUUAGAGAAGAAGCUCGUGAUAUGAUGGGAGGGGGGAUUUUGGAUGAAAGAAAUGAUCGUGGAUUUUCUACUCUACCUCAGUCUGAGGUGAAUUUCUUAACCAAAUUGGUGGCUUUAAAACCUGGGAAAGUUGUUCUUGAUAUGAUAAGAAAUGUGAUGCAAGGAAAAGAUGAAGGUGCAGACAACUCUGGCAAGAACGAUGAAGAUGAUUGGGUUCCAACAGGAAUAGCUGGAAGGCCAAGUGUGACAGGACAGAGGCCACUUCCGGUACGCCCAGGCAUGUUUCUGGAAACAGUCUCUAAGGUCUUGUCUGGUAUAUAUGCUGGAAGUGACUCUGGUAUCACUGCGCAACAUCUGGAAUGGGUUCAUCAAAAGACACUUCAAGUCCUUCAGGAGAUAGCAUUUAACUAG